UUGGCCAGCAAAGGUGCUUACGAACCGAAAGUACGUGGUAUAUGUGGAUAACAAGAUGGCGGCUGUUGCAAACGAAUCCCAAUUAAUUCUACCGCUAGAAUUAAUCGACAAGUGCAUUGGAUCUCGAAUUCACAUUGUCAUGAAGAGUGAUAAGGAGAUUGUCGGAGUUCUUCUGGGGUUUGAUGAUUAUGUCAACAUUGUUUUAGAAGAUGUUACAGUAUUUGAAAGCACACCAGAAGGACGAAGAAUGACAAAACUUGACCAGAUUCUGCUCAAUGGGAAUAACAUAACCAUGCUCAUUCCUGGUGGAGAGGGCCCGGAGAUAUGAUGUGUGCAACAAGCAUGGAAAGGAAUCAGCCGCUAAAAUCAUACAUCUGUAUAUACAAUGUCUGUUUUAAACAGAUACACUCAGAGAUCCUUCCCUCAUUUACAGCUGUAUUAGUUUCCAAAUGAAAAAGAAAUAGAAUUAAAGAAAACAUGUGGAGUCUUGA